CACAGUCAAAGUUUUCAUCUCAAGCGACCAACUGCCUUUAAUUUAAUCAACCAAUGCUAAAUUCAAUAUAUAUAUAACCAAAUCCACAUCCAAAUCAAUACCAAUAUGAACACCACUCAUCUCUCAUUGUGUUGCAUUCUCCUCUCCAUUCUCAUCUCCACCGCCACCGCAGCGCCUCCUCCUGUGCUCGACAUCGAAGGGAAGCAGCUGCGGGCAGGAGCAGACUACUACAUACUCCCCGUCGUCCGCGGCCGCGGUGGCGGCCUCACGCUGGCCGCCACCCGUAACGAAACUUGCCCUCUCGACGUGGUCCAAGAGCGGCUCGAGGUGAAAAAUGGGCUCCCGCUGAGCUUCCGGCCCACCAAUGGGAAGAAAGGGGUGGUCCGACUCUCAACUGAUCACAACAUCAAAUUCUCCGCCGCCUCAAUUUGUGUUCAAUCCACAGUUUGGAAGCUGCAUUUCGACGAAUCCAUCCAGAAAUACACCAUCACCACAGGAGGAGUGGAAGGAAAUCCAGGGGGCCAGACUCUAAGCAACUGGUUCAAGAUCGAGAAAUAUGAUGAUGAUUAUAAGCUUGUCUUCUGCCCUACAGUCUGCAAUUACUGCAAAGUGAUAUGCAAGGAUGUUGGCAUUCUUGUUGAAGAAGAUGGACUCAGGCGUCUCACUCUCACAGAUACUGCACCCUUCAAACUUUUCUUCAAGAGGGCUUAAUGUUUCAUUUCAUUCAUUUCUCUUCUAUCUUUAUAAACACAAUAAUGUAUGAGACCAAAUGUUUUAAGUUCAAGUUCAUUAUGUCAAAAAAUCUUUUUAAAUUA